AUGGCAAUGAAAAGUGGUGUCAAAUUGCAUUCCUAUGAGAAGCCAUUGUGUGGAGAAGUGGCAGAAGAAGAAGAAGAGGAAGAAUUUCCCUCCUUUCCCCCUCCCCUCAGAGGCAGCUCCUUUUUGAAAUGAGGGCCUCGCGUGCCUUCAGCAGCACAGCCAAUCACCUCUCGAGAAGGAAGGGCGUUCCGGCCAAUCACAGCGUCCCCUGGCGCCUGGCGGUUGAGAGCGGCACGCGAGGCGUUUGGCGCAGGAGCAAUGUCUGACUGGGAGGACGAGGGCGACGAGGCCGAGCCCCGCGGGACGCCCUCCUUGCCCGAGUGGCGCCCCAAGGCCACCACGGCCCCUCGCGAGGACCACGGGGAAAGGGGCAGGGGCGGCCACCGGGGCGGGAGAGGGGCCCCGUGGCCGCCGUCGAGAGGAGGAGACCCCGCGGGAGCGCCGCUCUGCUUCUUCCUGGACAACGCCCUGGUCGGCGCCCUCAUAGGUCGAGGUGGAUCUACAAUUAAAGAGCUUGAAGAUUCAUCAGGUUGUAAAAUAAAGAUUGUGCGGGGAGAUUAUGAAGCUGAAGUAAAAGUAUUUGGAGGUAAUGAUAAGAAAAGGAAAGCCAAAAUGCUGAUUGAUGAUCUUAUUGAAAGAUCUAAACAAAGCAGUGCAGGAGAAAUGUGUGUUAAAGAUUCUUUCAAACAGCAAGAUGGAAGAACUUACCAUAAUGAAAGCUGUUCUGGAGCUUUUAAUCUUAAACAGUCUAUUAACUGGGCCUCUCUUCGAGAAAAUAAAGCUAAAUAUGAAGCUAUGAAAUGGGCUGAUCUUCCUCCACUUGAAAAAUGUUUUUAUAAAGAAUCACCAAAAAUUGCUUCUAUGUCAAAAGAAGAGGCUGAUAGUUGGAGAAAAGAAAACAAUAAUAUCACUUGUGAUGACCUGAAAGAGGGUGAAAAGCGUCACAUCCCCAAUCCCAUCUGUAAAUUUGAAGAUGCUUUUAAACAUUAUUCUGACAUCAUGGCAAAUAUAAGGAAAAAUGGGUUUCAGAAGCCUACUCCAAUUCAGGCACAAGCUUGGCCGAUCAUACUUCAAGGAUAUGAUUUGAUUGGAAUAGCACAGACAGGUACUGGGAAGACAUUGGCUUAUCUCAUGCCUGGAUUCAUACAUUUGGAUUUACAACCAAUACCUAGAGAAAAACGUGGUGGACCUGGUAUGUUGGUUCUUAUUCCCACUCGAGAAUUGGCUCUUCAGGUUGAAGCAGAGUGCUUGAAAUAUUCCUACAAAGGAAUUAAAAGUAUUUGCAUAUAUGGUGGAGGAGAUCGGAGAGGGCAGAUCAAUCUUGUUUCCAAAGGUGUGGAUAUUGUUAUUGCUACUCCUGGUAGAUUGAAUGACCUUCAAAUGAACAACUUCAUAAAUCUGAGAAGCAUUACAUACUUGGUGUUAGAUGAAGCUGACAGAAUGCUGGAUAUGGGAUUUGAACCACAAAUAAUGAAGAUUUUAUUAGACAUACGUCCUGACAGGCAAACAGUUAUGACCAGUGCUACAUGGCCAGAUGGCGUGCGACGUCUUGCAAAAUCAUAUUUGAAAGAUCCUAUGAUUGUAUAUGUUGGUACUCUUGAUUUAGCCGCUGUAAAUACAGUUGAGCAAAGAGUGGUAGUUAUUCCCGAGGAAGAAAAGAGAGCAUUCACACGUUUCUUCAUUGACAGUAUGAAGUCUGAAGACAAGGUCAUCAUUUUUGUGGGCAAGAAACUUACUGCUGAUGACCUGUCAAGUGAUUUUAGUCUUCAGGGAAUUCCAGUUCAGUCCUUACAUAGCAAUAGAGAACAAUGUGAUCGUGAACAGGCCUUAGAGGACUUCAGGAAAGGUAGAGUUCGUAUCCUAGUGGCAACUGAUCUAGCUUCCCGAGGGCUUGAUGUACAAGAUAUCACUCAUGUUUUUAAUUUUGAUUUCCCUCGCAAUAUUGAAGAGUACGUUCACAGAGUUGGUCGUACUGGUCGAGCAGGACGCACAGGAGAAGCUGUUACACUUGUGACGAGGAAUGAUUGGCGGGUUGCAUCUGAAUUGAUUGAAAUUCUAGAAAGAGGAAACCAGAUAGUUCCAGAAGAACUAAUUUCCAUGGCUGAAAGAUACAAGCAAUUUCAACUGAAAAAAGAAAUGGAAAGGGAUUUGGUAAAGCCUCGUGGUAGAUCAAGGAAAGGUUUUUAAUCCAUUGAAGAGAUUAUUUGAAUACAGUGAGUUCCUGUGAAAAUGCUAGUAAUAAUUUAAGUCAAUAAUAUCAGUCAUGAAGCAAUAACAUGUGGGGAGACAAGAUACUUUAAUGAGGUACUUGAUAAAAUAACCAUACUGUAACUAGUUACCGGGUUGGGAACUGCCUGUGAUUAGAUGAGAAAUACCUGAGAAUCUUGUAUGUGUUACCUUAAGUAUCACUGUAGUAAAUAUAAUCUGAGAAUAAGAUAUAGUGCAAUAUAUUUUGGCACCAACUGACAUCCAUGAAUUCCAUCUUCUCACUUUCAGGGAUAAAAACUUGCACUGAAAACAAUAACUGUAAAGUCAUGUGUUUUGUAUCCUUUUGUAUACCAACAUCUUAGUACCUUCAGAAAUAAUAAAAAUGAUGCUAAGUUGUAAUUUUUUCACAUUUCUUUUUUGCUUCAAAAUAGUAUAUUGCAGUACGCUUACUGUGUUAUAUUACAGGUUUUGAUACAUUUUUGUUGGGAGCGAAGACUUGAUAUUUUUGUUAAUAGUACAAAAUGUUAACUCUUGUUUCAUAGGUUAUGAUUCUGUUCAGAUAGAUGGGAUACCUGUAUUUCACACAAUAAUGUUGGCAAACGUUAUGGUAAAGUUGAAGAGAAAUAAUUGAUAAACAAACCCUUCCCCAACUUUAAUUUAAAAUGAGACCUAUCUUUAAGUGUGUAUAGCUUGUUUUAUUGGUUAUGUGUGAUAUAGUGAUAUACCCAAAGCUAAUGAUUCCCAUCUUUAGAUUAAAAAUGAGUCUAUUAAAAUGUGUAGAAAGAUGUAAAGUAGUAUUUUUAACUUGUUUAUUUUGAACUCUUACAAUAAAACUGAAUAUUGGAAGAAUAAA